AUGCCCGUAGCAAAGAAGCGCAAGAUGGACGCUGCCGAGCAAAAGUACUACGCUGUUCGUGCCGGCUUCAAACCCGGUGUGUACACCAGUUGGACCAUUUGCCAGCAGCAAAUCACGGGUUUCAAGGGCGCCCAAUUCAAGUCGUUCCUAACUUACGAAGACGCCUCGGCCUUCGCCGCCGGCCGCGAACCUGCCUCCGCGGUGGAUGACACCAAGCCACCUCGAUUCUACGGUGUCGCCGUGGGACGCAAGCCCGGCGUGUACACAGAGUGGCCAGCAGCGCAGGAGGCAAUCAUAGGCUGGAAGGGGCCGAAAUACAAGAAGUUCGAGACGCGGGCGGAAGCCGAAGCCUUCGUCCGUUCAUUCAGCGGCUCAGCCAAGGCAAUAGCACCGACCGUGGCAGGUUCAGAUCAGGACGACGCCGAUGGAAUUGAGGAGCCGACCGCAAAAAGAAGGAAAACGACCAAGAAGACAAUAAAGGCACAAAAUGGUCUCGUCAUUGUUUACACGGACGGGAGUAGUUUGGGCAAUGGUCGUGUCGGCGCAACCGCCGGUGUCGGCGUCUACUUCGGCGCCAACGAUCCUCGAAACGUCUCGGAGCGCCUGGAGGGCGAAACACAAACCAAUCAGCGUGCUGAGCUCACAGCGAUCCUCCGCGCCCUCGAGAUCAUCGACCUGGAACAAGACCUCGAGAUUCGUACUGACAGCAAGUACUCGAUCCAGUGCGUUACCGAGUGGUACAUCAACUGGGAACGCAACGGGUGGAAGACGCGCAGUGGGCCCGUCAAGAACCAGGAUCUUGUCCAGUUAGUGCGCGACAAGCUCGAGGAGAGGGAGGCCAAGGGUGGGCGCACCCAAUUCAUCUGGGUCAAGGGUCACGACACAGACCAAGGUAAUAUCGCCGCCGACCAACUGGCGGUUGCGGGCGCUCGGUUGUGA